AUGAAUCAGAAUGCGGAAUUCUGUCAGAAGAUUUUCUAUUUUUUUGCUUGGCCCUCAGGCAUUAGACUUUUUUUUUAUUUUUUAAAAAUCUUUGCUUGUUGAAUAUAUUAGUGGGAAUGAAGAGAGCGGGGGAAGAAAAUGGUAAUGAGUCACUUCGGAAUAGAUCCGCGACGACCUCCAAAUUCUUGUUUUCGAAUAUUUCGGGCUUCUUUUUGUAACGAGCGCCUUCGGGUGGGGGAAUUUGGUCCCCGAGUGACAAGGAUAACGUCAGUUAUUGAUCCGCGCGAAUUAUUCUGCUAAAGCGAGUUGAGAAGGCGUACAAGGCAUUGGUUUUCUUCUUUACAAAUUUAUGUUCUCGUGGAGUAUUCGUUAAUGAUUAAAAUUUGAUUUUUUAUAUUGAUUAGAAUAAUUUUCACUAAAACUUAUUUAUUUUUGCAGCUGAUACUCCAACAAUGGCCUCCAGAAAGACAGUCUCCCGUCGUGCUCGACCACAAAGGGCUACAUCCAACAUCUUUGCGAUGUUCGAUCAGGCUCAAAUCCAAGAAUUCAAGGAGGCUUUCAACAUGAUCGACCAAGAUCAUGAUGGAUUCAUUAGCAACCAGGAUCUUCAGGUGAGCAUUCUCAUUGAUUUAAUAAAACAUAUCUCGCACGUUUCUCUAAUGAAUUCUGACCAUAUUUUUGUUCCAAUAUAUGGCAAGACACCAAGUAUAAGAUUAAAAUCGGUUAUUAUAUUCGAUUCUUUGUUGUUGGUAAUGUCCGUUUGCUUUUUUCAGGACAUGUUUGCUUCCCUCGGCAAAGAAGUCAAUGAAGAUUUCAUCGAGAAGAUGAUUGGCGAAGCCUCUGGAUCCAUCAACUUCACCAUGUUUUUGACCUUGUUCGGAGAGAAAUUAACCGGAACAGAUCCGGAGGAAGUGAUUCGAAACGCCUUUCAAUGCUUUGAUGAGGAUAAUAGUGGUAUGUUCUCCUUUCUUAUGUUUUCUGUUUUAGGAUAAUCUUUGUUUGGUCUGAUGUCCUAAAUAAGGUAAAAAAUUUCAGGGACAAUAUCAGAAGAUCGUUUUCGAGAGUUAAUGACAACAAUGGGCGAUCGUUUCACUGACGAGCAAGUCGACGAGCUCUUCCGCGAUGCUCCCAUCAAAAACGGUCGCUUUGAUUACGUGGAGUUCACUCGGAUGCUCAAACACGGAACCAAGGACAAAGACGAGCAGAAGUAA